UUUUUCUUUUUCCUUUAAUAUUUAGUCUUUAUCUAAAUAAAACGAAAUAGAGUAUUAGAAUACCUGAGGAUCUUUUUCCUUCUCGCCCCAAACACUUCGAAUCCAUCACCUACGCUCAGCGAUUUCUCCUCUUUCAUCGUCGAGGUGCGCGGCACUGAUCUGAUCAGCAAACAAAGUUAGGGUGAAAUGGCGCCGCCGGCAGCGGCUGCCGUGGUGCAGCAGCAGGGACAGCCUGCGCAAGGACGGCAGCAACAGCAACCAGCGGGUUUCGGCCAGUCAAUUACUGGGAUCAUAAGAAUUGCUGUUUUCUGGUACUUCGCUUCCAAAUUUUUCUCUCCCAAGAGACCCGCCACCGAUCCUUCUCUUCUCACCUCCAAUCUCUUUCAGAAGGGCGAGCUCAUGGACAUGUGGUUUUAUGUUUCGGAGAGUGAGAAGUUCAAUGACUUCAACAACGAAGGUGCUCUUAUUUGGCACGAAGCUAACAUACCUUAUGCAGUUUGGGGCCCGGAAAGUACUAGGUCCCUUUCGGUGAAGUAUUAUCCCUCCGAGGCAUUGAAGCACAAUGGCAGUCUUUAUGCACAUGUUUACUUUGCCCGUUCUGGGUAUCCACCAGACCCCCAGGAUCCAGAGUACCAACCUCUUGCUGCCUUUGAAAGGACUCAUCCCAUUGUGGUUUACUUGCCGAAGUCAAAAUCUGAUAAGAGGAAGAGCCUGUUAGGGGAUGGAAAAGGUGGUGAAGAAAGUGAACCACUUACUCAGGUGGUUGAUGAUCUUGAUCUCGAUCCUAAAGAUGAAGGCCCUCCAGAAUGGAUUUCCUACUGGAAACCAAAUAUUACCAUAAACCUGGUUGAAGACUUCUCUAGAUAUUCACAAAGUGCAGUACCACCAAAUAUUGCUCCUUACAUGAAUUUUGAGCCUGGUACUGGGAAUUACUAUCCUACGGUAUUCUUCAAUGAGUUUUGGUUGCUCAGGGAUAAGUUGACUGCACUGAAUGAAACAGUGACAGAAUUGCCACUUAAUUUGGAGGUUGGCCCUAUAAGCAUGACAAAGUGGCAACUAUUUCUUCAAAUUGAUCAGUCAUUCCAGAUACACCGAAGCUAUGGAAGCAUGCUUGAAGGUGAAGCUGAUGAAUUGAAGGUACUGUAUGUCUGUAUUUACAAUAUUCGGAAUCUUUGUGAGCUGUGCUUCUACAUGUGGUGUCAUAACCAAGUAGUUAUGCGAUGGAGUAUGCUAUCCCAAUUGAGUUGAGUACCUGAUCCUGGAUGUGAAGAGGGUGUUCUUGGAAGGAAAUCCUUACCUCCUUGGUAUCACAAUGGUUGUUUCGUUGCUCCAUUCAGUGUUUGAUUUCCUGGCGUUCAAGAAUGAUAUACAAUUUUGGAAUAAAAACAAGUCUAUGGAAGGAUUGUCGGCGAAGUCUGUUGUCGUGAACUUCAUAUCUCAGCUCAUAGUCUUUCUCUAUCUACUUGACAAUGACACAUCAUGGAUGAUCCUUGCGAGCUCAGGUGUUGGUGUGUGCAUUGAAUUUUGGAAAAUUGGGAAAGCAAUGCACAUUGAGAUUGAUAGAAGUGGCAAGAUCCCAAUGCUGAGAUUCCGAGACCGUGAGUCUUAUGCUGGAAAUAAGACUAAGGAAUAUGACGACAUUGCAAUGAAGUAUUUGUCCUAUGUGAUAUUUUUGCUUGCUGCAUGCUUUGCUGUUUAUUCGCUCAAAUAUGACCGGCACAAGAGCUGGUACUCCUGGAUUCUGUCCUCAUUAACAAGCUGCGUCUACAUGUUUGGUUUCAUCAUGAUGUGUCCACAGUUAUUCAUAAAUUAUAAGUUGAAGUCAGUGGCUCAUCUACCUUGGAGACAAAUGACAUACAAGUUCCUCAACACCAUUAUUGAUGAUCUAUUUGCAUUUGUUAUAAAAAUGCCGAUACUACACCGGCUCUCAGUCUUCCGUGAUGAUAUCAUCUUCCUGAUAUAUCUGUACCAGAGAUGGGUCUAUCCAGUGGACAAGAAGCGUGUAAAUGAGUUCGGCUUUGGAGGUGAGGAUGAUCCGGCCUCUAGCACAACGGUUGGUGAGACAGUUGCUGCUGUAACUAAAGAGGAAGAUAAGAAGACAAACUAAUCAAAGCUAGCUUGGGACUUUCUUGUUUUAGUUUUGCCCUGUCAAUAUUUUUGGAAACUAUACUGCGGGAGGAAGAUUCGUUUACUUCAUUAGAAAGAAAUGUUGCUAGUUCCAGUCGCUCGAGUAUGUUAAUGAGACCAACAAACCAGCGUUCUUCUUUCAGUUCCCUUUUACAGCUUGGCUGCGUUGGAACAUCAGCAGCAAGGACGCCGGGCAUUUUGGUAUACCAUCCGCCACUUAUUUUAGCAAUGCGAUGUGGUUACUAUGUGAAGUUGGGGGAAAUGAGGUUCUCGGCUGGGCUCUUCAAUUUCGUAGCUAAGAAAGAGCUCACGGGCAAUGUCCAAAAGUUCACGGUUGUGAUCUUCGAAAAUUUCACGCGAUCUUUCGAAACAAACCACAAAGUUCACGGGAUUGGGAAGUAUGCUUACAAGAGUGAACUUCUCUUCUUGAGCCUGUAAUCUUCGAUUUAGGCGGAAAAAUGCAAUUUUUUCAUUCUAUCAAUGCAUCUUUAGGAGUUGUUACUUGAAUUUAUAUGAAUAUCUUAUGGAGGAAAAAUGCAUGUAAUCUUCGAUAUACCACGGAGGACAAAUGAGCUUGAUUACACCAAACUAUAGUGUAUAUCACACCCAUAGUUAAUACAUUUCCUCAU